CAGUUUUAAAGCCCAGAAGUGGAAAUCUCAAUAAAAGCAGGGUCUUCUCCGAAAUCUGAAGGAGCGAAUUGGCUAGGGUUUUUGCGUGCGGCGUUCAUACACUCUCUUCUGCAACUUUCGCCGACAACUCCCUUCACCAUGGCUGAGCAGACCGAGAAGGCUUUUCUGAAGCAACCCAAAGUGUUUUUAUGCUCGAAGAAAACUGGUAAGGGGAAGAGGCCUGGAAAAGGUGGGAACCGCUUCUGGAAAUCGAUUGGUCUUGGAUUUAAGACUCCCAGGGAAGCCAUCGAAGGUACCUAUAUCGACAAGAAGUGUCCCUUCACCGGCAAUGUUUCCAUCCGUGGCCGUAUCCUGGCUGGAACAUGCCACAGUGCUAAAAUGAAUCGCACUAUCAUAGUUAGGAGGAAUUAUCUCCAUUUUAUUAAGAAGUACCAAAGAUAUGAGAAGAGGCACUCAAAUAUUCCGGCUCAUAUAUCACCUGCCUUCCGUGUGAAGGAAGGAGAUCACGUUAUUAUUGGUCAAUGCAGGCCACUCUCAAAGACGGUGAGGUUCAAUGUGUUGAAGGUGAUCCCAGCUGGAUCGUCUAGUGGUGCGAAGAAGGCAUUUACUGGAAUUUGAGCUUUGUUUUCCAGUUUUUGUUGAAGAAAAAUGUUAUUUUAUUAAUUAGUAAAUCUGAUUUCUGUAAGGUAACAAAUAUAAAGACCUGAUCAAUUUUGGAUUUGUGGAUUUUAUGUUCUGCCUUUGUUUAGGAUUUUGAUAUACGUUAUGGUUUUUGAAUACUAUUAGUCUUUGUUCUUGUGUGCU